AUGACUCUUGAGCUAUUCUUCUUGCCUGCCCUCUUGGCCCUCACUUCAGCCUCAGUUGUAGGUCCAGCCGCCCGUACAGUUGUCGCACCUGUGGCAGCAGCUCCAGCAGCACUAGUCCAAACCCCAGUCCUAGCCCGAAUCUCAGACGACACAGUAGACCCAAAUCCAUCUUACUCCUUCGCGUACGAUGUCCAAGAUUCCAUAACAGGCGACUCCAAAGGUCACAUCGAAAGCAGAGCCAACGGCAUUGUCCAGGGACAAUACAAUGUUGCAGAGCCCGAUGGUACCAGAAGAAUCGUAGACUACACAGCCGAUCCAAUCAAUGGUUUUAACGCGUUGGUGAGGAAAGAACCACUGGUUGUAGCUGCACAACCUGUUGUAGCUGCCAGAGCGGCAAAAAUUGUUAGUACACCUGUAGCAGCUCCAAUAGUUGCUCGGACAGCACCUUUAGUGGCUCAAGCAACACCUGUAGUAGCCCGGACAGCACCUUUAAUAACUCAAUCGGCACCCUUAGUAGCACAAGCAGCGCCCGUUGUCGCCCGAACGGCACCCUUGGUGGCCCAAACUGGUCGUUUUUUGGCCCAAUCGGCGCCACUUGUUGCGCAAAAUCAACUAAUUGCCGCAGCACAACCUUAUAGUGUGUUUGGCGCUUCUGCUCCCUUAUUAGCUAGAUCUUAUAAUUAUGCCCAGUACGUAAAUGCUCCUUUGACUUACAAUGUCGUAUAA